AACGGUUAAGACAAUGUAGCUCUUUCGCUUUAGACCGUUUGUUUAGCUAAGCAUUUACAACAGUGGUUCUGAGUGGUGCAGAGGAGACCUUACAAAUGUAAUUGACAAUGGAUUACAAUGGCAUUUUAUUGGAUUAUAAUGCCAAUGAAUUACAAUGGCAUUCCAGAGAACUUCGGCACAUGUCAGCUGUGAAAUAAUUACGUAAUAAAAUCUAUUUAACCCAGCACAAUUUUGUGCGCCCAAAGAGCUAUCAACCUGUAACAAUCGGUCCUUUUCAGGGCCCUAAAAUCAUUCAACCAGGGAACAUCGACACGCGUCACGUCAGCAUUGCCAUCGAUAAGGCUGAGAAAACUCACAGUGAUUAAACUUUGAAAACUCUAAUGUGGUUUUGUUUCAAUAAGUAUAUAGUACCCAAAUAAAAAUGUUUACCACUGAACCACCUAAUAAACCACCAGAAAAUAGUGAAGGAAAAGUUUUUAUAAAUGAUAGAACUUGGGAUAACAUAGCUGUUUAUCUAGUCGGCAGUCAGCAAAGAUUUAGAGAAAAUAUUAUAAUCCCAAGGACAGUGGGACCUGUACAAAUUAAAACUAAUGUAGAAAAACGUAUGGAAAGUAUAGCAGAAAGUUGUACUUUUAAAAGCAUAUGCAGUUGUUUUAUAGGAUAUGCUUUGGGAGGUGUAAUAGGAUGGUUUUCAGCUAGUGUAAAUCCAAAUUUUGCUAGCAUUGAGAAACAACAAACUGUUCGCGAAACACUUAGAGAAAUGGGAAGCACAGCUUCAAGUUAUGCUAAAAAUUUUGCUAUAGUUGGUUGUGUAUUUACUGCAAUUGAAUGCUCUAUAGAAUCGUACAGAGGUAAAAAUGAUUGGAAGAAUACUGCAUAUGCUGGUGGUUUUACAGGUGGAAUAUUAGGAUUACGAGCUGGUGUAAAAGCAGGUAUAAUUGGAGCAGCAGGCUUUGCAGCAUUUUCAACUGCAAUAGAUUAUUACAUGAAUCACAGAGAGUAAAAUUUAAACAAUCAAUGACACAAAUUAUAAUCGGUAUAUUUGUAUAAAAAAGGUGUAAAAUACACUUUGGGUGUAUCUGUAUAAUACAUACAAAAGUGUGAUGAUGUUCUUAGUAUAAAAAUGCAUACAUAAGUACAAUAGUUAAGAAAAAAUAAAUUUACGUAAUACAUUGAUAUUUGUUUCACUUA